AAAUUGUAUCGAAUUUUUUUUGCUUCUUUGACAACAUUAAAAAAAUUUGUUUCAUUUAAGUUAUCAACUUCAUAUUUUCUUUUUCAUAAAAUCAGGAUUUGAUUUUCAUUCUCUUUUAAUCAAUUAGAGGAAAAUUAGCUUCAAAAAAUUAUGACGUGAGUUUAAAUUAAAAAGCUUGUUUAGGAGUAAAAGUAAAAUCGCUUAUCCUCAGUAAAGUUUUUAAAGAGACAAAAGCUUCAGGAUGAAAUUGCAAAAUUUCGAUGAUCAUUAUCCUUAAAACUUUGCCUUUCAAAAUCCAAUGACAAGCACAUAGAGAAUUUUCUGCCGUUCCCAGUG